UCGGCUGACAGCCUGCUGAUUGACACCGGAAUGUAAGAAGCGAAGUGCCUGUUUCACCUGGCAUUGGUGCAGGAGCAGGGGAGUCAGAGCUUUACAACAGCUGCAUUUUAACCAACACAGCAGCCUCUCCUGAUUCUCAAAGCGGCAGGGUUGAGCAUCAUCACAGGAUCUCCCAGGAACUAGCCACCUUUCUUCUACAUUAAACAUCAGCACCGCGACAUCUUCAAACUAUUGAUCAGAUCCAAUUACUGCCGAGGGAUGGAUUUUAAAACAAAUCACACGGAGAGCUUGAACGGCUGCACGGCUAACAUCACCAAGGCUGUGCAAAACUUUUCCCUGCCUGGUGAGCCCAGCACGGUAAGCUAUACUGGCUUCAUCAUGCCUACCCUGUUUGGCAUCAUCUUCUUCCUAGGCAUCAUUGGUAACAGCCUGGUGAUCUGCACAGUCUUUAAGAAAUCCAGCCCCAGGAGCAGCGUCCCAGAUAUCUUCAUCACCAGCCUCUCCAUGGUGGACCUGCUCUUCCUCCUAGGCAUGCCCUUCCUCAUUCACCAGCUGCUGGGCAAUGGAGCCUGGCACUUUGGGGAAACCAUGUGCACCAUUAUCACUGCUCUGGAUGCCAAUAGCCAAUUCACUAGCACCUACAUCCUCACUGCCAUGUCCAUUGACCGCUACCUGGCCACCGUGUACCCUUUCACCUCCACUCGCUUCAGGAAGCCAUUUGUGGCCAUCCUGGUGAUCUGCAUGCUCUGGGCCCUCUCUUUCCUCAGCAUCACCCCAGUGUGGAUGUACGCCCGGCUCAUUCCUCUGCCUGGGGGGCUGCUGGGCUGUGGGAUUCGGCUGCCAGACCCACAGAAUGACAUUUACUGGUAUACUCUCUAUCAGUUCUUCCUCGUUUUUGCCAUCCCCUUUAUCCUCAUCACUGUGGCCUACAGGAGGAUCCUGAUCAGGAUGGCCAAGUCCUCAGAGGCACUUACUGGCCAGAGGUGCACCAGGACCUGCACCAAGAAAGUGACGCGCGUGGCCAUUGCCAUCUGCCUGGCCUUUUUCAUCUGCUGGGCGCCUUACCAUGUGCUACAGCUGGUGCAGUUAACCAUGCACCACCCCACCCUGCCCUUCUACUAUGCCUACAACGUGGCCAUCAGCAUGGGCUAUGCUAAUAGCUGCCUCAACCCCUUCAUCUACAUCCUGCUAGGGCAGACCGUCCGCAGGAGGCUGGUGGUUUCCGUCAGGCCGGCUGCUGCAGGGGAAGAGGCUUCCCAGAAUGCGGGCAACAGCGCACAGGGGGACCCCAGCGAGUCAGGACAGCCACUGCUGCACCUGGUGUCUGUCUCUGGCAGGUGAAGAGAUCAGCAGCAGGUGGGAGAUUCCCACACAGCCGAGAAAAGCCCUGGUGGUCUCAUUUACUAACUAUAGACAUUCCUGACCAACGCACACACAGAUGUUUGGCUGAGUAUCAAUGGCUUUCUGUGGUGGGAGUGGUUCCUCUGCCCAGCUGAACUCUUGUGGCUGGAAACAGAUUUCUGCAGCAUCAACAUUUGGGCUGGGUUCUGUCUGGCACUGAGCCAGUUCACAUUUGUCCUCCAAAUUCUUCCUGACUAGACGUGAAUUACUUUCCCCCCUGGCAUGUGAAAGGCUUUUGCACUCCUCAUACAUUCUCACUGGAAGGGCCCAGGCACCAAACAUUUUAGUGUUGGCGUUAAAUUCCAUACAAGCAAUGAGCCACGGCUUGGCUGAGAGGCACUGCCAUUGGAUCACACCUGGCAUGAGUUUCAACUUGUUUUAAGUGUGUGAAGAAUGAAGAUGCCGUAAGAUGAGCUCUGAUCCUUCUCCCCCAGGGGCAGAUCAGGAAUCUAAUACAUUUUAAAGCAAUUCAACAAUAGCAUUUUCACUUCUCUAUUUACAUCAUUCCAUCUGCAUGCAAUCAUUAACCAUGGCCAAUAUUGUAAUCAUUUUCUAGUGAUCAAAGCCAGCUUUCUGCCAGCAAUAUCAGCUGUCCCAGAGCCAGAAGAAUAAUUUCAAAUGCAUUUAAAAUUAAAUCUAUGGAUUGAAAAUAGA